GAAGAGCCAGCUCCCUUAGACACCAUUCCUACGUCCAAGGAAGGUUCACAGAUCACAAAGAACCAGUAUAUUCCAGUAUCUGGAGACACAAAUCCCUAUCUCAUCUUACCCCCCAAAACAGCUCUUCACAUCAAUCACAGCCUGCCAGGUGACACAACCUACAUUAGCCCAGUCAAGAAUGCAUUCUUUCUAAGUUAGUCAUCCCAUCAAUUAUGAGAAUAAUAAAUCUCUCACAAUAUGACUUGGGGGCAUCAUGCAAUGACUUAUGAAUCAUGAGAUUGCAAAGUGCGCACGCUCCUCAAUUUUCGCAGGCUGCACAGGUGAGCUACUGUGCGGUAUUGAGGGUGUUUGCGAAUGGCGAUUUGAUAAGGUACAUCGGUUCAAAGCUAAAAAGUCAGAAGACUAGGAAAGUUGUUACGGUAACUCCUGGAUAAGUAAUGUAAAGUGGAUAAAGCAAUCGCGUUUAUAAAGUUGUAGGGUUUCGCUGCACACACUAUUUUAACUACAAUAAACAUCAGUUUAUGUAAGGACAUUCAGAAAGAAUUGCGACGGUAUGACUGACAGUAAUGACAUGGAGUCUCCGGUCGCAGAAAAAGGUACAGCAGAGGCAACGACGGAAGAUCUCGGAAGCUCAUUUACCUCCAAACGGUGGUUCUCGUCACUUCUCGCUGACAAGCCUUCUCCAGUUCUUCAUAAACCUGAUAACAGCGGUAAUUCAAUGGAUGAUGGGUUGUUCGUGGACCACGACUUUCCAAUGGGAGAUAUGCGUCUUCAUCCCGCGAUGGAAUGGAAACGACCAAAGGAUAUCUUCCCUUCAGCACAGUUCAUAGUGGAUGGAGCAACACGUAUGGACGUGUGUCAGGGGGUUCUGAGUGACUGCUGGUUCCUGUCUGCGGUGGCAUCCCUCUCCCUGCAUCGCCAGCUGUUGGAGCGAGUGGUGCCCAUGGGACAGAGCUUCCUGGAGGGUUACAACGGCAGCUUUUAUUUCCAGUUCUGGCAGUACGGUGAGUGGGUGAAGGUGAAGGUUGAUGACCUGCUGCCUACGCAAAAGGGCAAGCUGAUCUACCUUUGCUCCUCAGAGAAAAGAGAGUUCUGGAGCGCUCUGUUGGAGAAGGCCUACGCCAAACUGAAGGGGGGCUAUCAGGCCCUGAACAUGGGCUUCCCCCACGAGGCCAUGGUGGACAUGACAGGGGGCGUGACGGAGGUGCUGACUGUGGCUUCUCUGCCCAAGGACCUGGCAGCCUUCCUCAAGCCCCUUCUGGCCAAGGGAGCCCUCAUCAACUGUGCCAACUGCCAGGGCCCUCUUGAGCAGAGAAAUGGGUUUGGAAUCCUGUUCAGACAUGCCUACUCUGUAACGGGGUUUGAAAAGGUGAAGAAAAAGUAUGAGACUGUGGAGCUGGUCCGUGUUCACAACCCCUGGGGAAAGACAGAGUGGGAGGGACCCUGGAGUGACAUGAAUGGGCCUGAGUGGAGUCAUGUCCGUGAGGAGGAGCAGAAGCGUCUGGACAGGGUUCAGAAGGAGGACGGGGAGUUCUGGAUGGCGGUGUCAGACUUCCGUCAGAACUUUGAGUCGAUGGAGGUGUGUCACCUGAGUGAGGAGACCCUGAGCAAGCCGGGCGCCACACAGAGACCAUGGAACUGCACAAUGCAUCAUGGGAGAUGGGUACCACACAUCUCUGCCGGGGGUUCUCCCAGAGGGGGCUGGUUCUGGCAGAACCCUCAGUUCCACUUGACCCUGCUGGAGGAGGACGAUGACCCCAGUGACCCUGAGCUGACCUGUUCCUUCCUGGUGGCCCUCAUGCAGAAGCACCAGAGACUCAGAGGAGUCCACCUGGGCAUCGGCCUGGAUAUCUACAAGGCACGCUCAGAGUGCGCUUACCUGUCCUCUCUGGACCUGAGCUUGCUUCGCCCACUCAUCAGCACCCAGGGUUACGCCCAGCGAACAGAGGUGGUGAUUCGCGGUCGCCUGGCGCCCGGCCAUUAUGUCAUCAUCCCCUCCACCGCGGAGACCAAUCAGCAGGGAGAGUUCAUCCUGCGGGUGUUGACAGAAAAGGGCAACGAUGCAACGCCAGCUGGGAAGCCCGGAACUGAAGAAAACUCCCCCACACAGCCCUCCUUUCCACACCUGUCAGCUCUGCCCUCUCCUGAAGCCACACGACAGCUCUUUAAGAAGCACAGCAACAAGAAAGGGGAGUGUCUACCUUUGGAGCUUCUCAACCUGCUUACCGAGGCCAUAAAAGGCGGAGUGCUGGCAGGGAGCGAGAAGAUGCUGGUCCUGGAGCACUGCAAGAGCUUUGUGGUCCUCAUGGAUAGACGGGGGUUAGCUCAACUAGACUGGCAGGGGUUCCAGGCACUGUGGGACAAGAUCAGGAAAUGGACGGAUAUAUUCAUGACGUUUGACAUAAACAAAUCCCAGUUGCUGGAGUACCCUGAAGUCUCACCAGCCUUGAAUGCUGCAGGCAUGCAGGUGGAUGACUUCGUCCUUCAGCUGAUCGGCCUGCGCUACACGGAGCCAGACAUGACGAUCAGUUACCCCGGUUUCCUUUACCUGCUGAUGAAACUGGACAGCAUGAUCCAUACAUUUCAAGCCUAUGACAUUGUGGGAAUGGGGACCAUAUCAGUCAGCUACAGACAGUGGCUCCACAUUACGAUGUACAACUGACCCGUUCUCACUGGAUUUCAACCCCUCCUCCGCAGGUUCAACUGGUUUUUGUUGCAGCAUUGUUUUAAAUAAAAAGUUACAGUAGA